AUGGCUCCAGCCGACCAAGUUAGACAAGCAUCCGGAGACGAAACCCCCCUGAGGAGCACUGCCAUCAAGGAUGCCGAAAAGGGUUCUUCAGCAAGCAAGGACCCCAGCAUUGCCACCUUGCCCACAAAACGUGGUCUCAAGGGAGAAGCCGCCGCUCUUCGACAUAUCCGCAAGGAUCACAAAAGUACAGGUCUCGUCAUUCCAAAGAUGGAUUUCCAGAGAGUCAUUCGCGAGAUUGCUCAGGACCUUGGGAUCGAGCGAGUUCAAGCAUCGGCGGUUGGGUGUCUACAAGAAAGUGCAGAAGCGUUUCUUGUCAGCCUUUUCGAGGAUGCAAAUCUUGUUGCCCGUCACGGCAAGAGGGACACAAUCGGCAAGAAGGCAAUGCAGAUAGCUUUUCGACUUCGCGCUGAGGCUCAUCAAUAG